CGCCAGUCCGAGCAACCGCAUUCCGCGUUCAACGCUCAGCGUUAACACACACUUGCUCUCACACAAUGUCUACUACCAUGUCUUACGAUCUCGCGUAUCCGAUCUCGGAUGACGGUCCGCAACCCGUUUCGCGCACUUAUCAAUAUCGCAAAGUGAUGAAACCGAUGCUCGAGCGCAAGAGACGUGCUCGCAUCAAUCGGUGCCUCGACGAGCUGAAGGAGUUGAUGGUCAGCGCUCUGCAGUCGGAAGGAGAGAACGUUGCCAAGUUGGAGAAGGCUGACAUCUUGGAGUUGACGGUCCGUCACCUCCACAAGCUCCGCCGCCAGCGCCGGCUGUCGCUGAGCCCCUCGGUGGACGCCGACCGCUUCAGAGCUGGAUUUACUCACGCCGCCAACGAAGUGUCUCGGUGCUUGGCCUCCAUCCCCGGAGUGGACGUGAGGCUGGGCACCCAGCUGAUGACCCACCUCGGCCACAGACUGAACGACAUCCAGCGCGCAGUGGGCGCCGACACACCACCAGCCAGCCCCCCGAGUCCCGCUCUGUCCACGGCGUCUUCCUCGUCCGGCUACGUGAGCCCCUCGCCCCCAGCCUCGCCGCUGCCGAUGCACACCGCCGUGCCCCUGGACUGCACGACCGGCAGCUUCUCCAAGAGCGCCGUGUGGAGGCCCUGGUAGACCGGCAGCACCAGCGGGCGGACCCGGCUCCGCGGUCACAUCUGUUCAACCACCGCCGGAGUCGCUCAAAUCUCAAGUGUCCGUUCAACACUUAGUGCUCUACGAAGAUAACUUAGAUCUCAAGAUAAUUAGUGUAGGUUCCAAAACCUAUUAGUCAAUAAGAACUCAAAAGCUUUAAACAAAAUAGUCUUUAAGUAUAUUGUGAUAUUAAAGUUUAAUUUUAUUGUAGAGAUGUAUCGAGCCUUACCGACUCGGUGGGUUCGGAUUUGUUAUUAUUAUCGUUGAAAACAUUUCACGACUGUGAACAUAGCAAGAAGAAUAAUUUAAUAAAAAAAACUUUUUUAUUCUAA